AUCUUCAGGCCGACCAAACCGAGAGGCGGGAGGUCAGAAAAACGGCAGGGAAAACUUGCAAACUGGGGUGUAUCUCGGACACCUCAGUGGCAGCAGUAUCAGGAACCAAGAUGGUGGCGAGCAGAUGGAGGUCAGGUGACAGAAAUCCCCUUGUACAUGGUGGACUAUUCUCAUUCGAGAAGCCUCUUGCUCGCGAUAGAUUCAUUGACAUUUCCAUCAUGCCCAAGUUCGAUUUGUGACGGCGGGUCAGCCUCCGGUGUCCCCGAUAGUCUACCAGUCACGUUCCCGGGCAGGUGGACACUGCUGGGCCUCCUACGCCGGCCAUGGAGGUGUUCUUCGGUGCUGCCGUCUUGGUGCUGUGCUACGUCUUCCUCCGCCUGCUCAACCUUAGCAACGGCCCGGCGCCUCCCACCCUGUACUACCGCCCCUCGGACCUGAACGAAUUCCUGCUGCAGACAGUGCCGCUUCUCACCUUAAGAUAUACUCCCCCUAUCUUGUGGGGCAGGAAUGGUCAUCUCCAGUCCAUCAUCCACAGUUUAUUUGGUCCCAGUCGUUCAAAGGAGUCCCGCACAGGUGAAUGCUUCUCAGUCCAGCUGGAAGAUGGCUCUACACUCACCUACACCCUGUACGACACGUCCAAACCCCACCCCGCAGGAGACAUCACCAUUGUCGUCUGUCCCGGCUUCGGCAGCUCAAAUCGUUCCAAGUACAUCCAGGCAUUCGUCAGCCUCGUUAGUGACCAUGGUUACAAGGUGGCCGUGCUUGACCACCUGGGGACUACAGACAACCCGCUGACCGCUCGGCGCAUCUUCACCUACGGGGAGACGGGAGAGUUUGGGGCCAUGGUGGAUGACGUCAUGAGGGAAAACACCACAACACGCCUUAUUGUUGUGGGGUUCAGCAUGGGGGCCAACAUCGUGUGUAAGUACAUGGCAGAGGGGCGGCCACACAACAGAAGGGUGAUCUGCUGUGUGUCUGCUGGACAGGGCUAUGAUGCAGUCAGAGGCAGCAACGUGCUGAUGGAAUGGACUGGCUUCAGGAGAGCGUACAACUUCGCCAUGGCGCAGGGGCUGAAGACCAUCCUUCAACGCCACAGCUACGUCCUCUUCCGUGGCAACAGCGACUUCAACCUCAGUGCCAUCCAGUCAGCAACCUCCCUGCAGGAGAUCGACCUGGCCUACACCCUCCAAGCCGGUGGCUACUCCAGCCUGCACAGUUACUACCGCCACUGCAGCUGCAAAUUCACUAUGCAUAAGAUAACGGUGCCCACGCUUCUUGUAAAUGCCCUUGACGACCCCCUUAUCCCCGAAGAUAUGCUAGAUGUCCCGUACAACUAUGCAAUGAGUCGAGAUAAUGCAAUGUUUGUGCUCACUCGUCAUGGUGGCCAUCUUGGUUUUUACAGUGGGGGUCUCAUCAUUCCUGACUCGGAGACCUGGCUGCACCGGCUACUGCUACAGUACCUUGAUGCAAUGUCAACUCUAGCUUUAGACCAGUCCAAAGUAAAGGCUAGCACAGAUAGUCUCUUGAGCUCAUCCAGUGCAUUUGAAAAUCUGUCUUUGUGUGCCUCCUCCAGUGUAGGGACACCGGUAGACUGAUCGUACAAGGCAUGGUCCCAUAUGUCACCCACCAGAAGUUUGGCAUUCUGCAGUUGUAUGGGUUGUUCUACCAUGGAAGCCUAGACUGUUAUUAGCGCCUGUACAGGUCAGCUCCUUGGCCACCCCAUGGAUUUCUGGCACAUAGAGUUUCCUAGGAGGCAUGUUGGCUCUGGGAUAACCAACCAGCUGGCCUGUGCAGGUCCUGAUAACAGUCUGACUUCCAGGGUAGGGUUGUUGCAGCACCUGGCCACAGCAACUUCAUAUUUUGUAGCUGGAAGUUGCUCACUUAAAAAGUGAGAUUAGACAGUCUUCAUGCUACCUGUAGUGUUUUUGUAAGCUCAAACAACAGUAAUUCUCAGCCUUUGUAGAAGUUGGUAAAUGUUUUCAAUCUAUAACUUGCUGAAAAACAUUAUAAAUUUACUUUACUAGUGUAAAAGGGUAUCUAGCCAUGUUUUCAGUCUUCUAUAGUUAGGAACUGAGAGUAAGUAGAGUUGUUGUCAUUGAUAUCAGUCUCUUGAAGCAGUGGCAACAUGUAUAUUCAUCUGUGUCAGUGUUUCAGUGUAACAAAUCUGCUCUUGCACUGACUGCCUUGUAGUGCUACUGCUUUAAGAUGUCUUCAGAAUCAAAGUGACGCUUGUGUCGAGAUAUCGCUUUUAUAAUUCUGUUUGACGGACUGGCCCAUUUCAGCAUAAAUGAUAGAAUUUCAGACUAUUAAACCCAAAUAUUCUGUCUUCCUUGUGAUGGUUAUGCAGUAGCACAACAUUUUUAGCUUUAUCAACAUGUUAGAAAAUGGCUUGGAAUCAAGAUACAGUCAAAUUGAGUAACUAUCAUGUAUAGUAACAAAACAUGUAAGAUUAUUAUUUUCAGCAUAAACAGUAAUUUUCGUCAUCUCUGAUUCAUAUUCUGAGAAUAGAAAAGACAUACUGGGGAUAUUUGUAGUUUACCCUGAGUAACUGCCAUGUAUUUUUUCUUAAUUUCACUAGCCAACUGCUGCCUACCCCUGUGUCAGGGAUCCCAGCAGCAGUGUAAUGAAAUACUGGAUACAUCAGUUUUUUACAUCACAUUUCAGACAUCUGGCAUAUCUGGUACCCAAUAUAGGGAUAGCGAUAGGUGCUAGAACUCAGAAGUCUUAAGCCUAAAGUUUAGGCAAGAGGGCUUAAGUUUUGGAACGGUACAUUCCCUGCUCUGCACAGUUAUAAAUUUGUCAUCAACCAACUUCAGUUCUCAUGUAUUCAGUGUCCUUCUCAGUGCUGAUCAUUACAAAAAAGAAUCUUGAGGCAUGUUACAAAAGUCUGCAAAACUUAACUCUUAAUUUUCUACAGAUCUGAGGUAAAUCCUGCAUUGAUUGAGACUAUUUUAUGUGCCCUGGUGUUACAGUAACAUGAAGCAACUUGAUGUAUCAAAAUUGAUUUGCUUUGUCUUCCUUUGCAGUCGUCAGUUGUCAUUUUGCAAUUGCUUCUUUGAUUACAUUAUGUUUAUCCUGUAUUGACAAUGCUCUACCUUAGUAGAGGAAGAGCUAUUUAUGAUGAGAACAAUGUUUCUCCUUGCUUGGGGAAGUUGGUGUAUAAGCACUUAUAACCUGUAUUUUGGUAAAGAUGAGUUGGAAUGUAACUUCCCUCGUUGACAAACAGUGAUUAAAUGAAUGGUUUUCUCACUGGCCCAUAUUUUAUCAAAAGGUUCUGAAGCAGGUUGCUUAAUUUGUAUGGCCUUAAAACAUUUGGUAAGAGAAAUCCAAAUGUUGAAAGUUGAACAAGGAUGGACUGUUACCACUUCCACUAUUGGGUUGGACAGCUCCAGACAUUUUCUAGAUUUUUUUUCCAGGAGAACAUGACGUAUACAAAUACUGAACCUGGGAGAUUAUUCCUGAAUUUGCUGAUGGGAGCCCUGUACUCCCGGUGGUGCUAAAUGAUGUGUUGUUAUUCUGGCUCUCUAAGUGAAACUGAGCUGUAAAAAUAGUGAGGCUGAACUUGAAGUGAUGAUAUUUUCGUAUAAAUUUGCAGUAUUUGUACAUAAAUUGUGUGAGAGAUUACUGGCCAAAAUGUAUUUGUACAUUGUCUCUUCCAGAGAGUUUCUGCUGGUGAAGUUGUUUUCCAGCCUGGAUGUGAUAUUUUUGUAUUGUAGGAGGAUAUCCUCCAUAAAUAGUUGUAUCAGGUUGGUAUGUUACAACUGUGUAUUGUGUUCUUUGCUACACAAUGGUGACUUCUCAGGUACCUUCCACGAGGUAAAACAGACUCUACUACUCAGCCAUCUUUGGGACCGUAACCUUGCCAAAGUUGCUACUUCACAGAGUGGUAAGACAUAGUAGAGUGCAUUGUGCCCUGAGGAAGGUAGCAGUGGAGUUACUUAUCAUUGAAUGUCAGUAGAUUAGCAAUUAAAAUGUUUUGUAUCAAAGAACUCAAUUACAAUAUAUAGGACAAUAUCCUGUUUGUAUGUGCGUAAUGUCAUUAGCAGGCUGCUUAAAUAUAUUUUUGUAAUGUGUUACCCUAUAUUUUGGAUUUGUGCGUCAGGAGCAUUUGCAAGUAUAGUCACCUAGUUCAUACUAUAACAUGAUGAUUACUUGUCUUAGAGAGAAACAGUGGACUCAGUUCAGGCGACUUGUCCAAAAUUAUGAUAAUGAUCACCAUGAAAGUUCAUCAUGUUUGAUCACAAAUUAUCAAUAGGCUCUUAGAUAGAUAGCUUAUGAUAUCAAUUAUUGACUGUACCUUGUUACUUGUGACAUUAUCUUGAUUUUAUAAACCAAGUAUCUUGGUUGUUGCAUAGAUACCAGUAUGCAUAAUAUUACCACUUAGGGUUUUAGAUUUCUUUAUCAUAUAAUUCUAUGAUAACAGUAUGUGCUGUGAUAAAAGAUUUAAUGUUUAAUUAUAACUAAAUGAUGUUUAGUGUGCUGUUCUUUCCUGGUGAAUCACCUGUUGUGUAUGGUAUCCAGUGAGUUUGGAAGUGCUGUCUUCCUCUGUAUGUCUGAUGGCAUAGGUACAAAUAGGCAUUCCAUGUUGCUGACCAUCAAAAAUUCUAUUUACAUUCACAACAAUGAUGUACCUGGUUGUUUAUGAGGAUAGUAUGCAUUUUUUGUAAAUUUUAUUUUUAGAUGCAUCUUAUUAUUUGGGGUCUGUGGCAUCCCAGAUCUGCCAAUCUGGCUCAAAGAUUGAAUAUGGCAUCUUUGUCUCCAAUCUGUGCCCAACCAACCAAAUAUCUGUUAAAGGUAUGCAUUUAACAUUUAAUAUGUAUUUGUGACUUACCAUGAUUUUACAUUCACAAAACUAUUGGAAUUGGAUGUGAUCUAUAAGCCAUAUCUGUCAACCACUAUUCAGUUUUUGUUUGAGCUUUAAUAGCAAACCUUUUUGGCCAUUCAGGUGAAACGUCAGCUAAAAUCGAUGUGGGAAAGCAGCAGCUUGAAGGCAUCAUAAAUGUGACAGUUCCACAGCAGCCAGAAUUUUGCAAACAUUUACUUUACUACAAACCACUGACUGAGCACUUUGCAGUCCAUUUCAGGCGGUCUAAACAGGCAAAGCUAAAACACCUUAUGCUGCUUUGGGGUGAUAUGUUACAUGCAAACAACUCAUAACAAUCUGAGGCUUUACUUUGCAAAGUGCCUGCAGGUCUUUCAGACAGGGGCUUUCAAAUUGCAGAUAUCAGUAUCCAAAGUGCUGUAGUUACUCUUAAUGCUCAACAUCAGCAACAUGCCUUUGAAAUGUACUAAAUCUUUUCUGCAUUCUUGCUAAGGUCUAAGUGAACUUAUCAGUACAACACAGCCUUGUAAUGUUUGCUACCAUGCAGAAAUUGAGAAUAAACUGGUUUGCUUUCUACUA